AGGAGGCGAGCUCUGCUGUCAGUCACUGGUCUCCUCUCUGAUUCUGACACCAGUCGGUCCCCCAUCACACUCAACUGGGCCAGUGGGCUACCUUGUUACUGGGUGGAGCUAGGCUCAAAAAAAGAGGGAGGGGGUUGGUGGAGGUGUGUGGGGGUGUGAGAAGGGAAGGAGGAGGAGGAGGAGGAGGGAUGGGGGGCACAUUAGCUUCUUGGACAAGUCUUUCUGCCCCACUGUCAGGUAGUUGAGAAUUUGUUUGUCCAAAGCACAGGCAGACAUGGACAUGGCAGACUAUAGUGAGGCUCUGGACCCAGCCUAUACCACGCUGGAGUUCGAAAACAUGCAAGUGCUCCCCUUGGGCGCAGACUCCUCACCGGCUGAGAGCGCCAACAUGAACGCUACCGGCCACCUGGGGGUGGGCAGCCUGUGUGCCAUAUGUGGAGACAGAGCCACUGGCAAACACUACGGGGCGUCCAGCUGUGACGGCUGCAAGGGCUUCUUCAGACGCAGCGUCCGCAAAAACCACAUGUACUCAUGCAGGUUCAACAGACAAUGCAUUGUGGACAAAGACAAGCGAAAUCAGUGCAGAUACUGCAGACUGAAGAAAUGCUUCAGAGCUGGCAUGAAGAAAGAAGCUGUGCAGAAUGAAAGAGACAGAAUCAGCACCAGGAGAUCCAGCUAUGAAGACAGCAGUUUACCAUCCAUCAAUGCACUCAUCCAGGCAGACGUACUGUCAAGACAGAUCACCUCCCCUGCUCCUAUACUGAAUGGCGACAUAAGGACCAAAAAGAUCGCCACCAUCACAGACGUGUGUGAGUCCAUGAAACAGCAGCUGUUGGUCUUGGUGGAGUGGGCCAAGUACAUCCCAGCCUUCUGUGACCUGCCCCUGGAUGACCAGGUGGCGUUGCUGCGAGCUCAUGCUGGAGAACACCUCUUGCUCGGCGCUGCAAAGAGGUCCAUGUUAUACAAAGACAUCCUCUUAUUAGGAAAUGACUACAUCAUUCCCAGAAACUGCCCGGAGCUGGAGGUGGGCAGGGUAGCAGUGAGAAUCCUGGAUGAGCUGGUGCUUCCCUUCCAGGAGCUUCAGAUAGACGACAAUGAAUAUGCGUGCUUGAAAGCCAUAGUUUUCUUUGACCCAGAUGCUAAAGGUCUGAGUGACCCUGGAAAGAUCAAGCGGAUGCGAUACCAGGUCCAGGUCAGCCUGGAAGACUACAUCAACGACAGGCAGUAUGACUCCCGGGGCCGCUUCGGGGAGCUGCUCCUGCUGCUGCCGACGCUACAGAGCAUCACCUGGCAAAUGAUUGAACAGAUCCAGUUUGUCAAACUCUUUGGCAUGGCCAAGAUCGACAACCUGCUACAAGAAAUGCUUCUUGGAGGUUCUGCCAGUGAGGCUCCACACGCACCUCACUCUCUGCACCCUCACCUGGUUCAGGAGCACCUCAGCAGCAAUGUUAUAGUGGCCAGCAACAUGGCAACGCCGAUCCAUAAUGGUCAAAUCUCCACUCCUGAAACCCCAAUCCCGUCUCCGCCUACUGCCUCCAGCUCAGAACAUUAUAAAAUGGCUCAGGGGGUCAUAGCCACCGUGCCCAAGCAGCCAACCUCCAUCCCUCAGCCUACUAUUACAAAGCAAGAGGCCAUCUAACAAUCCUCUGAAUCCUUAUUCCUUCAGUUUUUUUAUUGUGUUAAACCAGGGUCUUUAUAUGUAAGUUUAUACGCAAUCAGCAUUGAAGCUAUUAACUUGACUGAAACAAUAAAGUAGCUGAAUAUAUAGAAUGUAAUCGCAAUUAUGUCCCUUGCAGAUUGCUGUUUUUCUUCAGGGAUCCAUUUGUUCACACAUGCAGCUGCAGUUGAGCGCCACAGCUCAGUGAAGGCCAGACAAAACUAUAAGCAUCGAAACUAUCCAGUCAUGCUGUUGUUCUGUAAGAUCGACACAUAGAAAUACAUUGUUGUAUAUAUAGUUUAUUAUUGGUAACAUCACUUCCUUAAGCAUGGCCUCAGUGUGUGCAGGAAGGCUUAUGUUAGACAUGGUGGCGUGACCAUGUCAGUAUUUUAUGAAUGUUACAACAGGCCUUGUCAUGUAUUUAGUGUUGCACAGUAUUUUAUUUUAUGUUCAUUAGUGAUAAAAUGGUGUCAACUCAGAAAAAAAUCCUUUUAUCAAAGCUAAAGUAAAUCCCUUGAAUAAAUUCAGCUUGGGUCUCUAAAUAUUCUGUGACAGGACUAAAAUAUCUGUGGUUUGUUUUAUGUACUGGAAAAUACAUAUUUACAGUAGUAAAAUUUAACAUGUUAAAAUUCACACCAAGAAAUCUUGGUACAUAUGGUGAAGUCUGCAGUGCCACUUUGUAAAAGUCACAGGCAGACACACUUAGGAAGUUUCCCAAUGAUAUGUUGUAUUGGUUUUUAAAAAAUAUAUUAUAUUUUUUGUUUAGUACUUUAUUGUGGUUUAACUGAUGGAAUAAACUGUGCCUUGUAACUGUACUGCCUUACAAAAACAGGCAAUGUUUCGCCUUACAAUGUGAAGAUGAAUUAAUAAAUCUCAAGGUCUAUUUUUA